AUGUCGAUCUCCCGUUGCUAUUUGAACGAAAUAUUACGAUGGGAUUCUCAGAUGCCUGAAGAGUUGCGUGCACUAAUAUUCAGCAUUCCGGUUAAUUCCCUUAAUCAAAGAUUAUUUAUUUUCAAAACUGAGAACUUUCAAAUGUAUAAAACUGAUAAGCAGAGAAAUGGUCAGAAAUCAGAAAUCGCAAAUAAUAAAAAAGAAAGAAAAUUCAUUUUAAUGUCAAGAGCGAGUUAUACAAAAGUUAUGAAAGCAAAUCGUUUUUGUCGUCUUUCUUCUCCACUCGACAAGCGAAUCUUAUUUCAGGUUCUUACAAGAGAUUGCUACAAAAAAGAAUAA